CAUCAGGCUGCGCUGCAUUCUGCUGAGAUCGCUAAUGAUCGACGAAGAAAGGAGGAAAGAGAAAAACUCCUGCUGAAGCGACUGAUCUCCACACUCUUAUAAACAUGGCGUUUAUUAAAGAGGAGAGUGAAGACCUGAAGAUUGAAGACACAUUCAGAGUCAAAUAUGAAGAUUCGCAGGAGCAAACAGAUCCGAUAAUGCUGAAGGAGGAGAAUCAAGAUUUGAAUGAUUUGAAUACUGAAGAUCUGCACAGAAAUCAUUUCAUGACUGGAGAGGGAUCUUUUAGAUGCCCACAAACAGAAAAUUCUUCCUCACAAACAACAAACAAAUGUUAUGAGUGUGAAAAAGGGUUCGAACAUAAAAAGAACUUUAAACAGCACAUGCUAACGCACUUUAUAGAUGGCUGUUUUAUAUGCCAGAAGUGUGGAAGGAGAUGCAAAAACUGGAGAACCUUUGAGAAACACAUCAAAGUUCACACUGGAGAAAAACCUUUCAGCUGCCAACAGUGUCCAAAGACUUUUGCUCGAAAGGAUAAACUCAAACUCCACAUGAGAGUUCACACCGGAGAGAAACCCUUCACAUGCCAAGAGUGUGGAAAAAGUUUUGCUCAAAAAGGAUACCUCAAAAUCCACAUGAGAUUUCACUCCGGAGAGAAGCCUUUCACCUGCCCAGAGUGUGGGAAGAGCUUCAUUCAACAAGGAGACCUAACAGUCCACAUGAGGAUUCACACUGGAGAAAAGCCUUACACUUGCCAACAGUGCGGGAAGGGUUUUUCUCACACUUUAAGCCUUAAUAUCCACAUGAGAGUUCACACCGGAGAAAAGCCUUUUACAUGUCAACAGUGUGGGAAGAGUUUUAGUCAGCUAGUGGGCCUUAAAUUCCACAUGAGAAUUCACACUGGAGAAAAACCCUUCAGCUGCCAGCAGUGUGGAAAGAGUUUCAGAGUAAAGACGAACCUUACAGCGCACAUGAUCGUUCACACUGGAGAAAAGACUUUCACCUGCCAGGAGUGUGGUGCGAGUUUCAGAGUUCGAAAGAAACUGUCUUCUCACAUGAGAGUUCACGGGUUGUCAGAGUAAGAAGUCUGAAGAGACUUUUGCAAAUUCAUUCAUUCAGCAGCUCUGAGUGUAGUAAGAGGAUUAAAAACAAGUGAUUUCCAAACUCACUUGUGCCCAAACUCUCAUGGUAAUAGGGUCCUUGAAAACACGUUCAACAAAUUUUCGUCCACAGAAAGCCUUACUUAUUUUUCCUGUCCAAAUAUGCACACUUGUGGUCUUGGCCACCUGAGUGGAACUCCAUUUCCCACAAUCUCCUGCUCUGAUUACUCACUCGCCUGUUCCCCAUUGUCUGGACUAUUUAAGCCACACUGGAGCUCCCGCUCAUUGCGAAGUCUAGUUUUUCCUGGCUGACAUCACCAAGGGUUUUCCUACUUUGGAUCUCUGUGUUUGACUCUAGACUGCUCUCUUGUUCUGUGAUUGUUUAUGCUGCAUGCCCUUGACCGCCUGCUUUGAUAUAUGGGCUGUUUCUCAAUAUGCGAUCUUCAGCGGUCUUGCGUCCUCGUGUUCUCUAACGCCAUCAUCAGCUGCCAAAGUUCAGUUCCAAUACUCAAGACCGCAAGAACGGAGGACGCGUGAAACUUCCCGGAUGUGAUCUUGAUGUCGAGGAUGCAACGAUGCAGACUUGAGCGCCGAUCUUGCUCUAGAAGUCCCAGAAGUCAUUGCGACUGGAGUUCAGAGAUAUCACUUAUUUACCUCAGGAGUUUCCCUAAAUGAAACGGUAAAAGUAAACAUUACCAUGGACAUCUUAAUAAAGGGAUAAACACAUUAAGGGUGUUUGUUUGCUGAAAUUCAUUUUAUUUAUGUUGUGCAAUGUUUAUUUAUAAUGUUUUUAUGCAUAGUAUAUAUUUUGAAAGGGGAAAAACAAUAAAUCGUAUGAAUGUUGUAAUGUUUAAAUAAUUUUCUAUUAAAAAACACGUGAAGGUCACGUGACCAUCAGGAAGAACGCAGCAUCUCAUUCCUCACUGGACGCGUUCUCUGUUCUCGCGGCUUCCCGAGUUCCUUCUUUCGAGGACACCUGGCAAGACCGGUCUCCACAAGAACGCAAGUCCGUUCUCUGCGUUCUUGGAAUUGAGAAACAGCCCCAGUUUUCUCUCUAUGGCUGUAUCCGAGAUCGCCUCUUAUACACUAAUGAAUUGUCAAUCAUACUGAAUGAAUCAUAACGAACUAAUGAAUCAUGCACUAGUGAAUGGGAACACUGAGAACAUUAAUGUCGAUUGUGUUUGCUGUUUGAUGAAAAUAAAAUAACGUUGGCCGUG